AUGCCAGAGGAUAACCUACACCUGAGAAAGGAACUGAGGGCUUUAGGGGUUAUACAACUAAUGACUAGCCUGAUUAUACAGAGCCUAGGAUAUUUCUGGUCAUACUUGUUCUUUUCUCAAAGUAUUGUAUUUGGAGUAAAAGCUGGGUAUGUUACUGUCAUACGAAAAUCGAGAUAUGCCCUUUGGGGCUCUUUUUGUUUUUACCUAUCAGGCUGUUUUUCAAUAAUGGUACAGAAGAAGCCUUCAGAUAAUCUGGUGCUCUGGACUCUGUCAGUAAACAUCAUAAGUAUGAUCCAGGCAAUGACUGGUGUGGCAUUAAUAUUACUGGAAUUCAUCUUAACUGCAAGAUUAGAAUCCUCUUUGUGGCAGCAUAGAACUGGGAGGAUGCUUUCAGAAUACAUGUUCCUUUUCAGCAUCUUGGAGAUAUUUGCAUCAGCUUUAGCAACAGAGUGGAUAUACCAAGCACAAUAUGAAAAUUGA